AUGUGGUUGCCGCAAGCCGUCUUCUCGCCGGCUUCUCAAAAGGUUGCUCAUGGCUUCACAAUUUCGCCGAAUAUUGAAACACUGUGCUCCCAUGCGGUUGAUAUGAUCACUGCAAAAAUGCCUCAAUACAUGCAGUACUUCAUCGGGUGGCUUGUAGCCUGUACUGCAGCAUCCCCAUAUGUAUCAGUCCCGUCGAGCGUGCCAGCUGACGCGUCCAGCAUUGUCGACCCCGACUUUGCUGGAUUCGCAUUCGAGCAAGCCUCUCUGUGGAACUAUGCAUUGGAUCUGGACGGCAACCCGAAUAUCUUUUCCCAGAACCUCAUUACCGAAAUCACCAAGCGCACCGGUGGAAAGCCCUUAAUCAGACUUGGCGGCACAAGCGCCGACUAUGCGUAUUAUAUUGAGAAUCAGACUACACCAGCUGAGCCCAGGGCUGAGGUUUAUAACUACCAAGAUGUCGGAGGAACGACGAUUGGUCCAUCGUAUUGGGAUUUAUGCCUGAAUUUCCCCGAUGCGUUGUACAUCAUUCAGACCCCUCUCGCCAUCACAGACAUAAACGAGACAGUGCUCUGGGCAACCAGCGUCGUGGAGCACAUCGGCAUAGACAUGAUUCAUUCUUUCGAGCCCGGAAACGAGCCCGACCUUUACCCUGCGGGCAACUUGGGGCCGCCGACUUACCAGGGAAAGCAAGACAACGCAUCUUAUGUUGGCAACUUCACGACAUAUGCAGCCGCCAUUAUCGACGCUGUAGACAUUCCAUCCGAGCCCUUCUUCCAGGCCUUCGACGUUAGUGCACAUUUUGGUCGCGAGGACUCUUACGUCCUCGAUGUACCAACCGGCUUCGACCUCGGCAUCAACAACGAUAACAUCGUGAAAACAGUCGCACACCAUUACUACCAGACGGAUUGCUGCGGUACAGCUGCAGACCUUGCCACUGGGCUGAUGUCUCAUAGCGCCAUAAGUGGCCGUCUUGACCUUUUAAAGCCUGCCAUCGACUGGCUGAAAGAGAACAAGCCUGACAUUCCUUAUAUUCUCUCAGAGAUUGGUAACUCAUUGAAUCCAACUCACGACUACUCGUAUCAGGCAGUUCUCGGCUCUGCACUCUGGCAGGUCGACUUCCAGCUCUACAGUCUGACCAUUGGGAUUGCUCGCUUCAACUUCCAGCAAAUCAUGCACAGUGGCUUCGACUUGUGGCUUCCUGUCGCCUCGGGUGAUUCUCAGCCGCAGGUGUUCGCCAGCUUUUACGCACAGCCGUUCGUGACGGACUUCGUCGGCAACAGCGGCAAGGCACAAGUUGCAGAGCUGGACAUCACGAACGAGACGACCGGUAACUGGGCUGGGUAUGCGGCCUUCGAGGAUGGCAUCCCGAAGCGGCUGGCCUUCUUGAAUCUGAAUUAUUGGAACAGCUCAAGCUCAACGACAGAGAGAGCAAGCCAGACAAUUACUAUUGGACUGCCGGAGGGCAUCACCAGUGUGGCAGUAGACCUGCUAAGUAGUCCGCUGGGUGCUGGGGCCAGCGCUGAUACGAUCACGUACGGUGGGAGCCAGUGGACUUAUGAGAGCCUCGGCAAGGAGGUUACGGGCGUCAGAAACGAUACUCAAACGUUGGCCGUUGAAGAUGAGCAGGUCCAAAUCACCAUCUACCAGAGCUCGGCUGUUUUGGUGCACUUGAUAACCUGA